GCUGCCAGGCAGAGAAAAGAGGCUGCCAGGCAGAGAAAAGAUGGUGCCAGGCAGAGAAAAGAUGGUGCCAGGCAGAGAAAAGAUGGUGCCUGGCACAAAAAAGAUGGUGCCAGGCACAAAAAAGAUGGUGCCAGGCAGACAAAAGAUGAUGCCAGGCAGAAAUAAAAAGUUGGCGUCAGACGACGCAAAGAUCAUGGACGACGUCAAAAAGAUGGUGCCAGGCAAGAAGAUGAUGAUAGACAACAUAGACACGGAGGUAUCAGAGAACAUAGACACGGAGGUAUCACACAACAUAGACACGGAGGUAUCAGAGAACAUAGACACGGAGGUAUCACACAACAUAGACACGGAGGUAUCACACAACAUAGACACGGAGGUAUCAGAGAACAUAGACACGGAGGUAUCACACAACAUAGACACGGAGGUAUCACACAACAUAGACACGGAGGUAUCAGAGAACAUAGACACGGAGGUAUCACACAACAUAGACACGGAGGUAUCAGAGAACAUAGACACGGAAGUAUCACACAACAUAGACACGGAGGUAUCACACAACAUAGACACGGAAGUAUCACACAACAUAGACACGGAGGUAUCAGAGAACAUAGACACGGAGGUAUCACACAACAUAGACACGGAAGUAUCACACAACAUAGACACGGAGGUAUCAGAGAACAUAGACACGGAGGUAUCACACAACAUAGACACAGAGGUAUCACACAGCACAGACACGGAGGCAUCACAGAACAUAGACACGGAGGUAUCACACAACAUAGACACGGAGGUAUCACACAACACAGACACGGAAGUAUCACACAGCACAGACACGGAGGUAUCAGAGAACAAUUCACAGCGCCAAAAGGCUGAUAUAAAAGCUUCACUCGCUCUUGUCUCUCAGACUUCGAUCCAAGACAAACAGUCACAAAGUACAAGAAAGAAAACCACCAAACACAUACGGGACAGUGACAAACCCAGCAUAACCCAUAAGUUUCACGAACUCCCCCGAAGAACCUUCUUACCGCGGCUUGCAAAGAACUUCGGUGAGGAGACGCCAUACACAGCUGAAUAUGAAAUAGAUUGCCAGGAGGAAUCCCCGGAUGCUAUCGACAUCAACACACAUGGUGCAGCUAACGAGGAGACACCGCAAGCAGACAGCAGUCAAUUUCCACAACAAGAAACCUGCCGUAGCUCCAUCACUAAGGAAGCAAGCAAAAGCAAUAGUAGCCAAAGGUCUCAACAACAUUUCGCCCCACAGACACCAAAACAAAGCAUCUCCAAGACAGAUAACUCAAAGACGACUUUACAAGAAAAUGUUUCACUGCAUCCAGAGAAAAACGAAAACAUGGCAGUCAGCCAGAGAGACAAUCGUAAGCGGAUACAUACAUUAGCUCAGUCAAAUAUACUUAAUAUAUUAAAAACACGGCGACAGUAACUGGUUCACUCCCUGAGCAAAGACAAGGCGACAGUAACUGGUUCACUCCCUGAACAAAGACAGGGCAACAGUAACUGGUUCACUCCCUGAGCAAAGACAAGGCGACAGUAACUGGUUCACUCCCUGAACAAAGACAAGGCGACAGUAACUGGUUCACUCCCUGAGCAAAGACAGGGCAACAGUAACUGGUUCACUCCCUGAGCAAAGACAGGGCGACAGUAACUGGUUCACUCUCUGAGCAAAGACAGGGCGACAGUAACUGGUUCACUUCCUGAGCAAAGAUAGCCAGAGGUACAACUAAACUAAAAAUUUGAGUAACAAUGAAAACCCAAACGAGGCUUGUGCCUCGUUUGGGUUUUCAAGGCAUACCAGCCUCUCCGCAAAGCAUUCCAACCUCUCCACAAAGCAUUCCAACCUCACCACAAAGCAUUCCAUCCUCUCCAAAAGCCAUAUUAACAUCUCCACAAGGCAUACAUGUAACAUCUUCACAAGCACACAUGUAAACAUACCCAGAAACAGACAUGCAAAAGUGUUCGCAAGCAGACAUACCACACAACACAAAAGAGUGACGAGCCAGCCAAGACACACCCUUCAAAGAAAACAUUCUCACAUUCCAACCAGAAGAACAAACUGAAAACUGAAACCAGGCAAAGAAAUAUAUAUAUAUAUAUAUAUAUAUAUAUAUAUAUAUAUAU